AUGGGAAUGACAAAAUUAAAUGGCCUGGCUAUUCUGGUGACAGCAGGAAUCACUGGUGCAAUCUGGUACCACUACCCUUUCUCCCCAGCCAGAACUCAGGAACACAAAGCCUCCCCUGGAGAGGAUUCAGUCCUAAAAAUAGACUUAGAUGAAACAUUUCUGAUGCUUCCAUGGAGAAGGGAUGUGCUGGUGCUGACACCAUGGCUGGCUCCAAUUGUCUGGGAAGGCACGUUCAGCAGAGACAUCCUGGAUGCUCAAUAUCUGCAGAAGAACCUGAUCACUGGAGUGGUCACUUUUGCUGUUGAAAACUAUGUCCAGUUCAUAGAAGGGUUCAUGAGCUCUGCCAACAAAUACUUCCUUGCUGGGCACCCCGUGAACUUCUACCUGUUCACAGACUGUCCCGAGAAGAUCUCCCACCUUCAGAUGGCCCCUGAGAACCACCUGUUUGUCAUCCCUGUCCAGGACGACCCCAGGUGGCAGGACAUCUCCAGGAGCCGCAUGGACAUCCUCAGCUCCUACAUCCAGAGCCAGUUCCAGCACGAGGUGGAUUAUCUGUACUCCGUGGAUAUCAACGUCCAGCUCCUGGCACACAUCGGCGUGGAGAUCAUCGACGCCCUGGUGGCCACCAUCAGCUCCUGGCAGGUCAUCCCACAGCAGGAGGACAAAGCCUCUGAGACACACCCUGAGUCACAAUCUGCCAUCCCUGAGGGACAAGGGGACUUCCACUACACAGCCAGCUUCUAUGGGGGCAGCGUGGCCGAGGUGUACAAGCUGACCAGAGCCUGCUCUGCAGGGCUGGUGCAGGACAGAGAAAAUGGAAUUGAGGGUCCCUGGCACCACGAGAGGCACCUCAACAGGUUCUGUGAUGCCUUGGGAACAGCUGAGAAUUAA